AUGUUGUCUGAAGAUGAUGAAGGCCUGAACUACUGUGUUUAUGAAGAGAGAGUAGAGGGGAAUAGAAGAAGACCCAGAACAGAAUCUUUGGCAGUUCCCAGAGCUCGGGAGUGUGAGAAGAGUGAUGAGCCAGCAAGACACCAAGAAGAAGCCAGACAGGCAGAAGGAGACAAGGAUGGCAGCAAGGUGACAACAGUGGUGGCGACUCCUGGACAAGGUCCAGACAGGCCACAGGAAGUCAGUUAUACAGACACUAAGGUGAUCGGGAAUGGGUCAUUUGGUGUAGUGUAUCAAGCCAAACUUUGUGAUUCAGGAGAACUAGUUGCCAUCAAAAAAGUACUGCAGGACAAGAGAUUUAAGAACAGAGAGCUCCAGAUCAUGAGAAAGCUAGAUCAUUGUAACAUAGUCCGAUUGCGUUAUUUCUUCUACUCCAGUGGAGAGAAGAAAGAUGAAGUAUAUCUUAAUCUGGUGCUGGACUACGUUCCUGAAACAGUGUACAGAGUUGCCAGACACUAUAGUCGGGCCAAACAGACACUCCCUUUGAUCUAUGUUAAGUUGUACAUGUAUCAACUAUUUCGAAGUUUAGCCUAUAUCCAUUCCUUUGGAAUCUGUCAUCGGGAUAUUAAACCACAGAACCUCUUGCUUGACCCUGAUACAGCUGUCCUAAAACUUUGUGACUUUGGAAGUGCAAAGCAGCUGGUUCGAGGAGAGCCCAACGUUUCAUAUAUCUGCUCUCGCUACUAUAGAGCACCAGAGUUGAUCUUUGGAGCAACUGAUUACACCUCUAGCAUAGAUGUAUGGUCUGCAGGAUGUGUAUUGGCUGAGCUGUUGCUAGGACAACCAAUCUUUCCAGGGGACAGUGGUGUGGAUCAGUUGGUGGAAAUAAUCAAGGUCCUGGGAACACCAACACGAGAGCAAAUUCGAGAAAUGAAUCCAAACUACACUGAAUUCAAAUUUCCUCAGAUUAAGGCACAUCCUUGGACUAAGGUCUUCCGACCCCGAACUCCACCUGAGGCAAUUGCAUUAUGUAGCCGUCUGCUGGAAUAUACCCCGACUGCCCGACUGACACCCCUGGAAGCUUGUGCACAUUCAUUUUUUGAUGAAUUACGGGACCCAAAUGUCAAAUUACCCAAUGGGCGAGAUACACCUGCACUCUUCAACUUCACCACUCAAGAACUGUCAAGUAAUCCACCUCUGGCUACAAUCCUUAUCCCUCCCCAUGCUCGGAUUCAAGCAGCUGCUUCAACCCCUACAAAUGCUACAGCAGCUUCAGGUGAGAAGAACACAUAAGAGUCUUUUCUCUCUCCUCUGUUCCUGAGAAAGGACUGUUCCUGAGAGAGUAGAAUAGCCUUGUCCACAAUCUUUUCUGAAAGGGAAGAGAUGUCCUUUAAUUCUUAUUCGUCUGGUCUUGUCUAUAUUUGCUUCAUUCUGAAUAUCGGAAAUAUAGUCCUUGAAACUAUAAAUGAAUUGUUGAAAUGAAUAAAAAGGUGCGUUAUUUUUA